AUGUGGCUAUUCCUCAGAGGCCGCGUGGGCUUAGCAGAGCCCAUCCUGCGUGCACUAGCAAAGGAUUCUGGGCUUCCGCCGUUGUACUCUGAAUACCAUCAGCUGGAACUCAGCUUACCGCAACACGACGUGGACGCACAGGCGUCCGAUGGACAUCCAGUGAAGUACCUCUGGAUAGCAAAUCAUAUACGAGGCAACGGCUGGGGAAAUGCGAUGCAGGAUUUACUCCUGAAUGCCUAUCUGGCUUACCGUUCAGGUCGUUCCUUUGUCUUCAACAACUACACUUGGGAGGAGGGCGUUUCGGACUACUCUCUGUACAACUUCAGGCCUAUCCCUGCGCGAAUACCUUUGACUGCGUUGAUACAGGGUCCUAUCGUCGGGGCGCCCUUUACUGCCGACCCCGAAGCUCCUAGAGCUGUCAUGAAAGAAUUCUGGGACAAAGUCUGUCCUAACCCAACAAUUAUACGGAACGAAGACGUUCUCGCCAUGAUGGAUAGCGAUAGGCAAACCACCGCGUCCUCGACGCUACAGAAGUGGCUUGAGGUGCUGAAAGCCAUCGAUGAUCCAUGUGUGGAGGUCGCAAAGGACCCGCGGCAGAUCUUCGACAUAUGGAUUCUCCAGGAUGCAAGUCGCCUGCUCGACGAAUGGCCUUCGUUCUCUCAGUCGCCCAUCUUGAAAGAGUUCGGAUGGUCGCCGCUCAUAGAGCUAGCCUUCGACAUGAACCGCGAGCUGUUUGCGCCGUCGACCAUCUGGCAGCCAUACACAUCCUCCACUUCGCUCGGCGUCAUGAAUAGCGCCGAACGAUAUUCGUCAAUUCCGGGUCUCCUAGCCGUACACAUCCGACGUGGAGACUUCGUGCGACACUGUAGACGUCUCACAGAAUGGCAGGCCAAAUUCUUUGGCUACAGCGCCUUCCCGUCGUUUCCCGACAAGUUGCUAGUACCCGAAGACGCAUCGCCGGCAACGAGAGCAGAGAUGUACCAUCUCCAUUGCUUCCCCGAUAUUCCAGAGAUCGUGCGAAAAAUAGAAGAGGUCAGACGCUCCGAAGCUGGACAGGGAAUUGAGAAUAUCUACAUCAUGACGAACGGUCCAACCCCUUGGAUAGCCGAACUUAAGAAAGCUCUGCGGAACUCGUUCGAGUGGAACAGAGUCACCAGCGGCAGAGACAUACUGGUGAACCACGAGCAGGAGUACGUGAAGCAAGCGGUUGACAUGCUCAUCGGGCAGAGGGCUCAGGCCUUCAUUGGCAAUGGGUUCUCUAGCAUGACGGGCCAAGUGUCCAUGUUGCGCAUGGCGAACGGCUUCGCACCUAACACCACUCGUUUCUGGUAG